GUUUAGGGCGAUUGUUUAGGGUUCUUGGGGCGGCGAUGGCGCCCAGCGUAGCGAGCGGCGGCAUUGCCAUCGGCCUCAACAAGGGCCAUGUCGUCACCAAGAGGAUGCCGGCGAAGCGGCCGAUCGCGAUGCGAGGGAAAGGGCAGAAGAGGACGCUGUUCGUGAGGAAGCUCAUCCGGGAGGUCGUGGGGUUUGCGCCCUACGAGAAGAGGAUCACGGAGCUUCUCAAGGUCGGCAAGGACAAGCGCGCAUUGAAGGUCGCCAAGCGAAAGCUUGGGUCUCAUCUGAGAGCCAAGAAGAAGCGCGAGGAGAUGUCCACUGUUUUAAGGAAGAUGAGGUCUUCCGGGAAGUGAGAGACACUGUUUUUUCCAAACUUUUUUCUUUGAAUCAAUCGCAACGACUCGUAUUGACAGAUC